AUGAACGACAUCAUCGAUGUGGAUCCCACGCUCCCUGUCGUCAAAAAUGUCUUGCUCAUGGAUAAUGAGGGCAAGCGCAUUGCCGUGAACUAUUAUUCAUCAGAGUGGGCCACUGUCCAGCAACAAGCUGCCUAUGAGAAAUCUCUCUUUGCCAAGACAUCCCGCACAAAUGCUCGAGGAGAAGCCGAGAUCAUCACCUUUGACAACGUGGUGGUCGUGUACAAGUUUGUGGGCGACCUCAUGUUCUUCGUCACCGGCAGCGUGGAUGAGAAUGAGAUCAUCCUGCACAAUGUGCUGACUGGAUUUGUUGAGGCCAUUGUGCUCCUGCUCAGGAAUGCCGUGGAGAAGAAGACGGUCCUUGAGAACCUGGACCUCAUCCUCCUCGCCAUGGAUGAAAUCGUCGAGGGGGGGUGA